AGAGUAAUUUGUACCACGUAGGUUUACACCGUUUCAAACAGAUCACGAUCAUCGCCUGGUUUUGUAGCGACCAGUGCUAGAAAAGGUUUCAAAAUUAUAAAAAUAAGUAUUUUUCCACAAAAAAUCUAGUUUUUUUUCACCCAACUUUGAUAAUCAUCCUGUUCUUGAAACUCCAAAUAAAUUUAAUUCAAAACUUCUUCCACCAAAGGUUUGCAUGGAACAAAAGAUUCACCCGCCCAAGACGAUUACAUCAAACAUUCACACACCGUAAUUCCUUAUUUAAAAAUCCUUAUCAAUCGGGGUAUUUCCCCGUCGGUCGAUUCUCGCCAUUCUUCGCUAAACGCAUUGAACAGCACAUUAUCAGCGCAGCACAGCCAAAGGGCGAUCGUGUUCGCCAGUGUUGAGGUGUACUGCUCUGUUCGCCAUCGGACAGUGUUUAUUUCGUGAAAAAACCGUGCAAUUGUGCAAGGAGUGUUAGAAAAUGGGUUUCAUUAGAAGUCCCACAGCGGCUCUACUGCUGCUGGUCCUUGCGGGCCUGGCAAUACUGACGGUAGCGCCCGUCCAAUCGCAACAGCAGGGAGGCAGAAGACCAACACCACCGCCACCCAAAUGCACACUGUCCGCGGACGAGCUCGAUGCGUUGAUCACCCAGGUAGAGGAUAUCGAACGAGAGCCGAGCGAAGGUAACAAUGAUGAUGACGAAGACUCCGAGGAAACAGAACCAGAAUCAGCAGCAACAGCCCCACAGCUCAACCCGGGCUGUGCCCGGGAGCUUCGACGGCUGCGCCAUAGCAUUGAUCAUCUGCAGAAAAGCUACCACAACCUGAAGCAAAACACGGUCGACAUCGAUGAGCAGCAGUACCGCUACAUGCAAAACCACUACACAGCCCGCAAGCGGGAGCUGAACGCGCAGCUGGAGCUGUUAUCGCAGCGCUCCAACGCACAGCACCGAUCGCAGCUGAUGGAGCUGAAGCGCAAGAUCGCGGCGAUGGAGAAACAGCUUAACCGAAGCGUGACACAGCUCGCCGAAGAACGGCAGCAGAAUAUGGCCCGUCGGCUGCAGCUCGUAGCGCUAAACGUGCGCAACAACAAGAUCCCGGCAGCCCUGUCCAACUUUGAGAAGCUGGCCAACUACACCAGCGAACCGUACGGUGCGAUCGUGCAGAAUGUGUUCCAAACGGGCAGCAGCAGUACGAACGCGUGGGCAUUGUUAAGCUUUCUGCGCAAGGUGGACUUGUCCCGCGAGCCGAUAGCGGGAUACGAAACGCUGGUCGAUGCGCUGAUCGCACGUAACGCACUGCGCGGACCGGAAGCGCUCGAGCUGCUGAAGCAACUGCAGUGCUUGAUACUGGUGCGGGACGGCCAACAGCAGGCACGGACGAUUGCGCUGCUGAAGAAGUUUAAGGCCAACGUACAUUAGAGCAAACAAACAAAACCGUUUGGAAACAACGCACAGGCAGCUGAAGCUUUUUGGGUUCCAUCACAUCUCUUUCGAAUGUAACGUCUCUCUUCCAUUUCUGGUGCAUUUCUUGUGGUGUUUCGGUGUGUACGGGGGGUUUACAUUUCUCACCCUGAAAGGAAAAACAAAGAAAAAAAAACAAAAACUUUUUAUCCUCUCGUACACUCGUCGCUUUUGUUUCUAUGUUUUAUACAUUCACAUAAUGUUUAUAGUCUUUCUCGUUUUUUGUUUAGUUUUUCUAUUCUUUUUUUUGCAAUAUUCUGCUCAUCAUCUGCUCUGAACACAUGCACUCAUUCAUUUCCUUGUUUUUUUUCUUUUUCAAAAUUCCUUUCUCUCUUGCCGUGUUUACCACCUAUCAACAACAAAUUGGUUUACUUUUUAAACAAAAAAACGCGAGAAAUAAAAUUGGCUUUGAAAAUCGAAAGAAA